AAUUGUCUAUUAUCUACAGUCUAAACUCUCGAACCGUAGAGAUCAAACGCAUGACGUUAUUCGCAUAUUUUGUUAUCAUCAACAUAUCCCUUCUUCUCCAUGCACAGGCAAAAUUAUACCAAUAAUCGAGAAAGAGAUAGACAUAAAUUAAGUCCGUGAAACCAACAUGCUUAAUAUGUGCGUACCACAUCGUGCAGUUUUUUUCUGAACGAAGGUGGUGACUGUCGUGCUUUUUUCCGAUAAACGUUCAAAUCAACAACUAUUCCGCUGCUUUGAAACAAGUCUAUGAUGAUAUCGUUUCUGAUCGACUGUUUGAUCAACCACGUUACCUGUGUGAGUUUGAUCACUAUUUUCACGGCCUUAUUCUACCAUUAUUCGACUUCGACGUACGGUAAAUGGCGAAAAUUGAAAAUCCCGCACGUGCCACCAGUGCCACUGUUUGGCAACACGUUCAAAAUGAUGACGAGACUUGAACAUCAGAUUGACACGAUUGAAAAGAUUUACAACCAGUUUCCGGAUCACAAACUGUCCGGGUUCUACCAGAUGAUGGAGCCGAUGCUGUUGGUCCGCGACCCGGAGCUAAUCAACAGGAUACUUACCAAGGACUUCUUGUACUUCACCGACCACGGUGUUGACAUAGACCCGUCCUCGUCCCCGCUGGCCAAGAGUCUCUUCUUGUCCAGCGGCCAGAAAUGGCGGACCAUGAGGCAAAAGCUAAGUCCAGGCUUCACGUCCGGCAAGUUAAAGGACACGUACAGCCAAAUCAACGAAUGUGGCGACGAAAUGGUCUCUAGCAUUGUCGAAACGAUCGAGAAGAAGACCGACCAAAUCGAAUUGAAAACAUUAAGCGGGAGAUUUUCAACAGACGUAAUUGCCACCUGCGCGUUUGGCCUAAAGCUCGACUCGAUCAAGAACGGUGAUUCGGAAUUCCGACGGUACGUCAAGAUGCUUUUUACGAACACUCCGAAACAGAUGUUUGUAAUGUUGCUGUCGAUGACCUGUCCCAAGGUGGCCAAGUUUUUAAAACUUAAAAUGUUUCCGGAGGAAGCUAUCAAUUUUUUCUAUAAGGUGUUCGUCGACGUUAUCAAGUAUCGUGAAGAGCACAACGUUGUCCGGAACGAUAUUACGCAGACCCUGAUUCAGGCACGUGAAGAAUUGGUGUUAAAGAAAACCUCGACCACCGAAGAUACAUUUACCGACGAUGACAUCAUCGGUAACGCUAUUUUCUUGUUCUCCGCUGGUUCGGAAACCAUUUCGUCUUUGCUAUCUUUUUGCCUGUACGAAUUGGCGCUAAACAAAGAAAUUCAAGACAAAUUACGUGAGGAGAUAUGUUCGAUGAAAGCAAAACACGAUGGAGUGUUAAAUAAUGAUUAUUUGAUGGACCUCCAUUACACCAACAUGGUAUUAGAAGAAACUGGACGCAAGUACUCCAUUGCAUUUAACAUAGUAAGAGUGGCUACAAAAACAUAUACAUUACCUGACGAAUCAUUUGUUAUUGAAAAAGGACAAAAGAUCAUCAUACCGAUGUUCAACAUACAUCGUGAUGCUAAGUAUUAUCCCGAUCCAUUGAAAUUUGAUCCGGAAAGGUUUUCUAUGGAACAAAAAUCUAAACAACCUAAUGGCACUUACAUACCGUUUGGUGACGGACCUCGACUGUGCUUAGGCAAGCGAUUUGCCGAAUCAGAAAUGAAAUUGGUCCUGUCAAAAAUACUGUCAAAAUUCGAAGUACUACCAUGUGAUCAAACCGAAAUCCCACUAGACAUAAGAAGUGGAUCAGGAUUAAUUUCACCAAAGAACGGCGUUGUAUUAAAAUUUAGACCAAUCAUUGAGCAUUACAAAUCGAUCAUGAUGUAUUUUCUGGCUGACUGGUUAUUUGAUAAUGUCACCUAUCUGAGUCUGAUCGCCCUUUUCGCGAUCUUCUACUAUUAUUCGACCUCGACGUACAGUAAAUGGCAAAAAUUGAACAUACCAUACUUACCGCCAGUGCCUCUGUUUGGCAACAUGCUCAAUAUUAUGUUGAAACUCGAAUAUCCAAGUGACUUGUUCGACAGGAUUUACAAUCGGUUCCCGGACGUCAAACUGGUCGGGUUCUACCAGAUGAGGGAGCCCAUGCUAUUGGUCUGCGACCCGAAACUAAUACACACGAUACUGGUCAAGGACUUCUCGCACUUCACCGAUCACGGUUUUAUCAUGGACACAUCCACAUCUGUGCUAGGCAACAGUCUGUUCUUCGCCAACGGCCAAAAAUGGAGGACGAUGCGCCAGAAGCUGAGCCCGGGAUUUACGUCUGGUAAGUUAAAAGACACGUAUUUCCAAAUCAACGAGUGCAGCGAAGAGAUGGUGUCUAGAAUUGUCGAUAAGAUCGAGAAGAAGACCGACCAAAUCGACGUGAAAACGAUGAACGGUAAUUUUUCAACAGACGUGAUCGGCACGUGUGCAUUCGGAAUGAAGCUGGACACGAUCAAGAACGACGAUUCGGAAUUCCGCCGAUACGCUAAGACAAUUUUCCAGAGAACCACUAAACAAAUUAUUGUCCAGGCAAUAACCACGAUCUGGCCCUUGGUAAUCAAGCUGUUUAAAUUACAAAUGUUACCGGUGGAAUCCAUCAAUUUUUUCCAUAACGUGUUCACCGACGUCAUCAACUACCGAGAAGAGCACAACGUUAUCCGAAACGAUUUGACACAGACUCUGAUACAAGCACGUAAAGAAUUGGUGUUGAACGAAAACUCAUCCGCUGAAGAUAAAUACACCGACGCUGAUAUCAUUGGUAAUGCAAUUCUUUUUUUCACUGCUGGUUCGGAAACCAUUGCAUCUAUGUUAUCUUUUUGCCUGUACGAAUUGGCGCUAAACAAAGAGAUUCAAGACAAAAUACGUGCGGAGAUAUGCUCGAUGAAAUCAAAACACGAUGGACAGUUAAACAACGAUUUUUUGACGGACCUCAAUUACACCAACAUGGCAUUAGAAGAGACCGGACGCAAAUACUCCAUUGCACAAGUUUUAAUGAGAGUGGCUACAAAAACGUACACUCUACCAGAUGAAUCAUUUGUUAUUGAAAAAGGACAAAAACUCAUUAUACCAAUGUUUAGCAUACAUCGAGACCCAAAAUAUUAUCCAGAUCCGCUGAGAUUUGAUCCGGAACGGUUUUCUGCGGAACAAAAAUCUCAACGACCAAAUGGCACUUACAUGCCGUUUGGUGACGGACCUCGAGUGUGCAUAGGAAAACGAUUUGCUGAAUCAGAAAUGAAAUUGGCCCUGACAAAUGUAUUAUCAAAAUUUGAAGUAUUACCGUGUGAACAAACAGAAAUUCCCCUAGAAAUAACAAGUGAACCAGGAGUAAUAUCACCAAAAAGAGGCCUAGUGUUAAAAUUUAGACCGAUUACAGAAUAUUAAUCUUUCGUUAGUUACGAUUGGUACAUAAUAUGUAAACCAGUGUUGUACAGUCAAAGUUUUUUAGCAAAAUUAUUGAUAAAUAGUAUCUAUCCAAACUCUCCUAUACCUUUCCGAGAUGGGUAUAUUUAAAA